AAUUAUUUUAUUGACAAUAACAAUAUAAAUAAUGGAUAUAUACAGAUGAUUACUAUAACUAGCUUAUAUCUAAAAUAGGCCCUUGAGGCAUUGUACCAAGGAUGCUGGCGGCAUUUCCUCGUUGUAUCGCAAUACUGAUACGUUGUGCGAGGAAGCCGCCAGCUCUUCGGUCACCAGUUACGUCAACCAGACGUUUCGCGAUUUCUCCAAAAAACUUUUGCGCGCUGGGACCCCAUGGACCUAGGGUUUCAACGCCAAAAGGUACAAAAUGGUACUCUCUACCGAGGCUCUUAUAUUUAUUACGUUUCAAAAUUUCGGCGCUUUCCGCCGCUGCGCCCGCUUUUACAUUAGUCCGUUGGAGGUGGGACGGUGCCAGUGUGUCUACGCAGGUAGCAUCCCACACUAACAUCCGUCCCAAGCUCCAAGGAACCAAGGACACCCCAUCAGGCCUCUUGCCAUCAUCCCUGAUAAUGCCAGUUGGCUCAAGAAGAGCAGGCACAUUGAUGGUGGCAAGAGAUCGACGAAUUAAGUAAAUUUAUUAAGUAAAUUUAAUGGUAUCUGAACGCACAAUGACAUAAAGCUGUCAGUUUGACAUUUAGUUCGAAUCUGUCACUGUCAUCUUCUACGUAACAACAGUACGUAAUGUGUGUGUAUCUAAUGUGUAUUGUUGCAAGACGCGGUGUCGGCAGCUUUUAGAUAUAAAUUAUAAAUGAUUAUUUGUCGUUUAGAAUAAUAAUGGCUUCUACUAGCACUAAUCACGUAUACUACGAAGACAUUCCACCUGGUACUCUCAAUGAGGAAGAUUUUAUUUGCACUGAAAAAAUUGUGCCAAGAAAAAUAAAACCCCAAAACAUUGUAGUUCGACUCAUGGAUAGAGAAAUUUACGGCUCUCGACGACCAGGCGCUCAUUUUCAUGUUGUCCGUGAAUACUAUCAAAAUGUUUUUCCAAAUUUGACCAUAGUCAAUGUUGAAAAGCCUCCAUGUUUCCUACGAAAGUUUAGUCCAGACGGGAAACAUUUUAUCGCAUUUUCUGCAGAUCAAAUGUCUCUAGAAAUAUAUGAGUAUCGAGGAGCAGCUGCUGCUGGAGACUUGGUUGCUGGUUACCCUCUGGAUUUGUUAAAUGCUGAUGCUGACGUUCAUUACAGGAUAAGGACCCACAUAUUUUAUAGAUUUUUUAAGCCAAAAUUCACAGUAAAUGUGUGUGUGCAAAGAGUGUUCGAGAGGCUACCAAACCACCCGCCAAUGGAGCAACAGCUAAACAGAGAGUGCAGCCUGUUCACAGAAGAUGGCCGUUAUGUGAUCAUUGGUUCGGCUGCUCAUAUCCCUGAUGACUUGAGACCUCACUUCUAUCAUAUACAUAGUAACAAUGAAGCAGUAACACCAACUAUAAGGUCUGCUUUGGAGGACUACUCCCUUCAUUUAGUAGAUUUACACCAUGGAAAGUUGUGUGACACCAAACACUUUAGAAUAGACAAAAUCUAUUUAUCACACAACCAAGGCAUAUAUCUGUAUAAAGAAGUGUUGGCAGUGUUGUCAGUGCAACACCAGACCAUACACCUGUUUCAAAUUGUAGACGGAAUGCUGAUAGAAAUUAGGAAAAUCGGCAGGUUCUGUUAUGAUGAUGAUCCUUUCCUAGUAAACUCUGUGUUUGCACCACCAGCUAAUGAGAGGCCUUUCCAUGAAGAGACAAUAAAUAGCCUAAAGCAUAGGCUUCUUGUGUUUCUAUUUAAAAGAGCCAAGUCCAUCAGUGAUGAAACAAAGGACCCUCUGGAAUUAAGGAAGUUUUAUAAAUACUUUGACAUGUUUAAAAGCUUAAGAAUGUGGAAGAUGCAGUUGUUAGAUGAGGACCAUUUAUUUAUAAAAUAUGCCAGCGAGGAAGUGGUCACACUGAGGGUAGCUGAACCAAAUAGUCAAUCAUCAUUUUUUGUCAUUUACAAUAUUAGUCAAAGUAAAAUACUGGAAGUGUAUGAAAACACAUCAGAAGGGUUGUUGCAAUUAUUUGAAAAUUAUUGUGACUGCUUUAGAAAUGCCAGGCUGUGUGCAGAUUCACAGUUCACUUGUUCCCCUUCCAACAAUUUGUACGCCAGACUGACGCAGCAGAGGUUUAAACAAACCAUAGUCAGAGCCAUCUAUGGCGGACGGACAGAAGCUACGAAAAGGAUUCUAGCUCAGCUACCAAUAAGUGCACAAUCUUACAGUGGAUCUCCUUACCUAGAUUUAGGAUUAUUCAGUUAUGAUGACAAAUGGGUAUCAGUUAUGGAAAGGCCUAAAGCUUAUGGAGAAUAUCCCAUUAGAUUCUACGCCCGCGACUCAGGCCUGCUGAAGUUCAAGAUCUACGCGGGCGUGCUGGGGCAGUCGGUGCCGGCGUCGGCGCGCCGCCUCGUGGCCUUCACCUUCCACCCCACCGACCCCUUCGCCAUCUCCGUGCAGCGCACCAACGCCGAGUACAUCGUCAACUUUCAUAUCAGGAACGCUGUCUUGAGCUGACGUCCACUGUGUCCUCAUCAAGUUGUUCAACUAGCUGGUUUCAGCUAGUUGGAUUGUGAACAUGUCUCUGUUAGACAAGUGGCAGUUGGCAGAAAACUUUUCACUCAGUUUUAAGUAUAGCCCAUUUAGAGAGUGGGCUUAAAUGUUACUAUAGUAGAUAUAUGUAUAAUACCUAUAUGCUUUAAUUUAAAAGUGAUAAUGAAAUAAUCACAAGAAUGUUGAUUGUUAUAUCCUGGAAAUAUAAUAUUUAAGAAUGACUAAUUUUACUGAACUCUAAUGGUAUGAAAUAUUAAAUUUGUAUUAUAAAUGAAUGUUACAUUACUCAGAACAAAUGAGUAAUGUAAGUAAAGUAAAAACUUGGCAAGAAACAUGUUAAAACCUA